UUCCUUCUGCCUUCGAGUGUCACGCGACCGCCUUCCCCUCCCUCCCUUCUCUGUCUACCUCUGGGCGGGGCUGGUGGGUGAUGAGACACUCGGGUGUCGGUGGUGGAAGGGGCGACGGCUAGGACAACUGCAAUCACAUCCACGACUGCGAUCAUGGCUGAGAAUCACGCUCAGAAUAAAGCCAAGCUCAUAUCCGAGACUCGACGGAGAUUCGAAGCUGAGUAUGUGACAGAUAAGUCAGAAAAAUAUGAUCCACGUGAUGUUGAAAGGCUACAGCAAGAUGAUAACUGGGUGGAAAGUUACUUAUGUUGGAGACAUAAUGCUGUAGAUGAAACACUGAAGAUGCUUGAUGAAAGUUUUCAGUGGAGGAAAGAAUUUUCUGUCAAUGACCUUAGUGAAUCCUCCAUUCCCAGAUGGUUAUUAGAAAUUGGUGGUAUUUAUCUCCAUGGUUAUGACAAAGAAGCCAACAAAUUGUUCUGGAUCAGGGUGAAGUACCAUAUAAAAGACCAGAAAACCAUAUUGGACAGAAAGAAGCUCAUAGCAUUCUGGUUGGAACGUUAUGCUAAAAGAGAAAAUGGGAAACCUCUAACGGUGAUGUUUGAUCUGUCAGAAACAGGACUAAAUAGCAUAGACAUGGACUUUGUACGCUUUAUCAUCAACUGCUUUAAGGUUUAUUACCCUAAAUAUCUCUCAAAAAUAGUGAUCUAUGAUAUGCCUUGGAUAAUGAAUGCUGCUUUCAAAAUUGUGAAAAGCUGGCUUGGCCCAGAAGCAGUGAGUUUGUUGAAGUUUACAACUAAAAACGAAGUCCAGGAGUAUGUCAGUGUAGAAUACCUGCCUCCCCACAUGGGUGGAACUGAUCCAUUCAAGUAUAGCUAUCCACCACUAGUGGAUGAUGACUUCCAGACACCCUUGUGUGAGAACGGGCCUAUUACCAGUGAGGAUGAAACUUCCAGUAAAGAAGAUAUAGAAAGUGAUGGUAAAGAAACCUUGGAAACAAUUUCUAAUGAAGAGCAAACAGCUCUUCUUAAAAAGACUAAUCCAAGUGAACCUACUUCCAAAGCAGAUGAAAAUGAAAAACCUGAUUCCAAGAUCAAAGCUUUCAAAAAACCACUGAGCGUAUUUAAGGGUCCCUUACUACACAUCAGCCCAGCGGAAGAAUUGUAUUUUGGAAGUUCAGAAUCUGGAGAAAAGAAAACUUUAAUAGUGUUGACAAAUGUAACUAAAAAUAUAGUGGCAUUUAAGGUGAGAACAACUGCUCCCGAAAAAUACAGAGUCAAGCCAAGCAACAGUAACUGUGACCCUGGUGCAUCUGUUGAUAUAGUUGUAUCUCCACAUGGGGGCUUAACAGUCUCUGCCCAAGACCGCUUUCUGAUAAUGGCUGCAGAAAUGGAGCAGUCAUCUGGCACAGGGCCAGCAGAAUUGACUCAGUUCUGGAAAGAAGUUCCCAGAAACAAAGUGGUGGAGCAUAGGUUAAGAUGCCAUACUAUUGAGAGCAAUAAACCAAACACUCUUACGUUAAAAGACAAUGCUUUUAACAUGUCAGAUAAAACCAGUGAAGACCUAUACCUGCAACUCAAUCGUUUACUAGAAAGCAAUAGGAAGCUUGAAGACCAAGUUCAGCGUUCUAUUUGGUUCCAGCAGCUGCUAAUUGCCUUAACAAUGCUCUUGCUUGCUUUUGUUGUCUCUCUCUUUUAUUCGUUGUACAGUUAAAGAAGUGGUGCCUGGUCAAAAACAAGGCUUCUUCAUCUGUUAUUUGGAAAAGUGACAGAUGCAAAACUUCUCAACCAAGCUACUAAAAAUACUGCACAUCUGUGCUUCCUAAAACAAAAUAGGCAGCACAUAGAAUGGUGCCAUACAUACCUGUCUUCAAAAUAAAUUGAAUAAAGAAAUGCUGGACAGAUUAUUAGAGAGUAUAGCUAGUUAGGAAAAUAAGUAAAGGUAUAUGCAUUGUAUAAAUUAAUAGUUUAAAUAUAAUUUAUUCUUUCUUUUUGAUUUAAGUACAUUUAAAGCUUAAGUUUUAUCAUGUAAAUACUUAGCUGAAACUGAAAAGUAUAAGUAACAUGCUUUGUUCUGCCAAAAAAUGUAAUCUGCUUUUUUAUGAUAGAAUUAUUAUAGCUGAGCCAACUUACUAGCUUUUCUAUACUAUGUAUAUAAAAGAACAUGUAUAUUAAAAAAGAAAACAUACUUAAACAGAGUUAUGUAAUCAUGACUUUGUAAUUUGGAGAAUUACUUCCAGAUGAUAGUCAAUAUUCUUUUGGAAUGUAAACCUAUUUAACACCAAACCACCUUAGCCUUUGUUUCUCAGUGUUCCUGAACAGCCUGCCUGCCUUUUAUUAAUCCUGGACUUUUUAAUGAAUACUCUCAUUUUGGUAGAACGUGGAAAACAAAGUACAGUUGGAUUUUCUUGGAAGUCUGUUAGUUGUGCCCAGAAAGAAAGUCUCUCCAAUGGUCCACCUUUGCCAUCAACUCUAUGCAGUAUCAUGUUGUCCAUUAUGACUGGACACUGAACUUUUUGCCUAAUUUUUUAAAAUGCCUGGUUCUCCAUUGUUCCUUACCCUCAUUCCAUAUCAGGGGAGUCUCUAUGUGGACCACAAAUUAUACCACUUUCACCCUCAUUUCCAAAUAAAAGCCAUUAGAUAACAUUUUUGUGAGUCAGUUUUUUUGAGAAAAGUCAGUAUAAUGAAUUUAUGGUUCAAAAAAUCAACCAUGAGAAGGAAAUGUACAAAAGAUUAGAAUAUCUAUAAGGGUGAAAAGGAAAAAACCAAAUCCUAGAAGCUCAAGUGCUAGGUCUAUGCUUAGAGAAUGGAAAAUAGAACUCGUAAUGGACUGUAAAACUGUCAGAUCAGGGCCAAUUGGCUUACAUGAUAUUCUGCCUUUGGUACGAUAAUACCCACCCGCUAUGGUUCCUAAAUUCCUAAAAAGAUGUACCUUGCAGAAGCAGAGGCUAAUGGAGGUAGUUUGUUUCUACAUUGAUAAGACCAAUUUCAGUACCUUUUGGUUUAAGUGUAUAUCUACUUUUUAUGAAAAUAAAAAUAGUUGCCUGUAAAAUAAAUUUUGAGUUCCAAUUGAGCCAUGUUUGGAGAUGUAUUAUUAUUCUGAGGUAAGUGUUGUUGGUCGUUGGCUUUCACCUUGAAGAAUUUGAUUGCAAAACUGAGGUAUGAAGAAUGGUAUAAUAGAGUUCCUUCAAGAUUGGCCUAGGAAAUAAAACCUUAAAAGGACA